CAAAUUCUAAGUAGCAUGGAGAGAGAUCCAGCAGUGGUGGGGAAGCAGCAGCAAACGGACAAUUGCAGCCACACGCUCGAUGAUGGCAGCUCAUCCGACACGAUGCUGUGGCCGGCCAAGAGCAGCGAAUCACUGGGAGAGUUUGCUGGUUUACUCGACGCGGUGCUGCGACCGGCGGAGAUGUCAGGGCGCAGCAGAAAGGCCUGCCUGCAGCACAUGAUGGACCAACUGCCGGGGCCAGUGCACAAUCGUAUUAUGGCCCUGAAGCACAAUCAGAUGCAGCAGAUAAAGAUCUCGGAGCAUUUCUAUCGGGAGGUGUUCGAGCUGGAGAAGCGCUACUAUCUGCAUUGCGUCGAGCUGUUCGAUUCGCGGCGCUUAAUUGUUGAGGGGUCUGUGGAGCCGCCACCGAUGGAGCCCAGCUGGAGCGAGGAGGCUGACGAACUGGUCGAGGAGCUCAAGGCCAGCAAGGAGUUCCAGCAGCUGGUCGAGUUCAUGCCCCAGAUGCCGUACAAUGCGGUGGGUGUGCCCCGCUUCUGGCUGAGCAUCUUCCGGAAUGUUUUGUUGCUGUCGAACAUGGUGGAAAGCCACGAUGAGCCGCUGCUCGAGUGCCUCGCGGACCUGCGCAUCAGCUACGAGCCGGCUGCCUACACCAUCCAGUUUCUGUUUACGCCCAACAGCUACCUGGACGACAGUUCGCUGUUGCUCACCAAAAAGUACUUUUUGCAGCACCAGGCCGACCCGGACUAUCCAUUCACAUUCGAGGGCCCCGAGAUUGUGAGCUGCGAGGGCUGCCAUAUCCAUUGGCGCACCGGCAGCAACCUCACGCUGCAGGCGAAUGCACUGCCACGCGAAUCCUUCUUCAAUUUCUUCUCACCGCCACAGCCACUGGAGUUGUCGCUGGUCGACGAGAAGACCGACACGCUGCUGACCAAUGACUUUGAGGUGGGCUUCCUGCUGCGCACCCAGAUCGUGCCCAAGGCUGUGCUUUACUACACCGGCGACCUUGUGGACAGCACCAGCGAGGCGCUCCACGACAGCGCCUCCUCGGAGACAUCCGAAGCAGAAACCAAGACAGAGUCUGUCUCAAGCAGCUUUAGCUUUGGUUAACUGUUGUAUUAAACA